AUGUCCAACUCGAAGGAAGUAAUUAUUAUUGGUGGAUCAUAUGCGGCGAUACUAGCAUUGAAAACGUUGUUUCUUGCUGGUACACCAAACUUGAAAAUAACAAUCAUCUCGCCCAACGAGAAGGCCUUCUUCAACGUUGCUGCACCUAGACUAUUGGUAGACAACGAUUAUAGCGAUAAAACACUAGUACCACUAAAGGACACUAUUGAAAAAUUGUCAAGGCAAAGUAGUAGUCGAAAUCGUCAAGUGAGACAUGUUAAAUCGAGAGUUGAAAGCUUGGACUUGGAUGGGAAACAGUUGACUAUAUCACUGGGACAGGUCUUGGAUUAUGAUUAUUUGAUCGUUGCAUCUGGUUCACGUUCGUCUUCGUCCUUGUGGAAGCUUGAUAAUUUGCACGAUUAUGACUAUAUUAUUAAUAAGAUAGACAAAACAAGAGAGAAGAUUAAGCAGGCUGAGAGUAUAGCUAUAAUUGGAGGCGGGAGUACCGGUGUUGAAACUGCUGGUGAAAUUGGUAAUGCCUACAAGGGUGAAAAGAAGAGAAUAGUAUUGUAUACUGGAUCUUCUGGACCCUUAUCAAACUCUUUACCAAAACAUCUUUCUGAUACAGCAACAAACAAGUUGAAACAAUUGGGAGUUGAAGUUGUGAAUAAUCAAAGAGUAAGUACCAAUGACGGAAAGGAGAUUAUUUUUGAAGAUGGUACUCAAAAAUCUGAAAAGUUUGAUUUGGUUAUAGAAGCUCAAAAACUAACUCCCAAUACUGAAUUCAUGCCAAAAUCAGAAUUGGACGAAAACCAGUGGGUUGUUACUGAUGAAUAUUUUAGAUUGAUAAAUCAUCAUAAUGUCAUUUGUUUAGGUGAUGUUUUGGCCCUUGGAAUACAUUCGAUUGUUGAUUUAACGUAUAACCAAAAACCAGUCUUUACCAAAGUUAUAGCUAAUGAAAUUCUUGAGCAGGGACAUAUCGAGCUACAGGCUUAUAGAGCGCCUACAAAGAUGACUAUGAUUGUACCUAUUGGCAAAAGCGGUGGAGUUGGUGUUUUGUUUGGAUGGUCCUUGCCCAAUUUCGUGAUUUGGUUUGUCAAGGCCAGGGAUUUCAUGAUAAAUAAAGCUAGAGAUUACUUUAGUUAG